UUGACCUGACUCCACUUGUGUUUAAAUUGCAGGAUUUGCCCCUUGUUUCUCUGCCUGCGAACGCCUGACCGGGCCUAACUCUGAGAAAAAAAAAAGAAUCAGAAUUUGGAUUGUGCUACAAAACUAACCAAGUGCGACAAAUAUGGAAACCAUUGGCGAGAUCAUCCCAUUUGCUAAGGAGAUGCUGAACCAGAGGCCAAACCGGGGCAUGGUGAAGAUCUACAUGCUCGGCUCCACUCUGGCGAUGCUCGGACUGGUUGGUGGACUGGUGGAAAUGGUUUUCCUGCCAUUUGUGGAGCAGGAGAGUGUUGAGGACACACCUGUAGAGCUUAUCACGGAGAAGAGGAAGGAGAAGAAGCGGGUGUCGAAGUCACACACUACCUUGGUUUGCCCUGAAUUUGUGGAUGUGCCGGAGAUGGAAGUGAUCGAGGCCAAGGCCAAACAUCUGGUGACUGCUGGGCAGAGAAGCUCAGCCAACCGCUUACAUGCUUCUUAAAGAAACUCUUCUCUCCUGAUGUAAAUGGACACUGCAAUUACAAUGUUGAUGGCGAUGGUGGUAAAUUAAACCACCAUGUUGAACUGGUCCCUUUUGUACUCAUUCUUUUAUUUCAGAUUUGGUUAAAAAUGCAGUUUUUUCCCCCUGUUGACUGGCAAAAAAAUUAGAUGUGUGCAUACACUGAAAACUGCAGGGUACAGUAAAGUCUGGCUGCUGGGCAGCUGAUACUUGAGGAUGUGAUGCGAUGAAUGUGUUGGGGAAAAAAAUGGAAUUUGUGUGAUUUCGUUCAUUUUGCACUCUAAUAAACCUAUUUUUCAGCGA